CGCUCACCCCGCCUGCUCUCUCAUUCUCGACGAUGGCUGGGCGACCGCCGCCGUCCUACGCCAGGUAUCCCGCGCUUCAAGGCGGCAGGCCCUUCGCCGGCGAAGAGCACCCAUCAGAUUCCCGAGUUGUUUAUCCCAGUUAUCUUGCACCCGAGGGCUCCGUAGCAUCUUAUUAUGCUUCAAGACCUGUUCUACCUGUUGGAUCAGAUGUUCUUAGAAACGAUGUAAUUUCUCAACCAAGAACGCAUGGUUAUGAUGGUCCAGCAAGAGUGACCAAUCCUGCUUUGGCUGGCCUGACUGGACUACCUGCUGGAGUUACGGCACGGGGGCCUAGUGCUCUGGAAGACCCGUCUUUGGCUGGUCUGAGUGGAUUAGCUCCAGUCCGGGCAACAGGCGGAGCUACGGCACGAGGGUCUGGUGCUUUGGAAGACCCGUCUUUGGCUGGUCUGAGUGGACUAGCUCCAGCCAGGGCACUGGGACCUAGAGCUUUGAAAGAAGAACUGGAUGUAGUUGGGAGAAGUUCUUCAGUAGGCAGAGGUGCUAGCAUUCCAGAUGUUGAGCACCACAGCUCAAUUCCAAACUUUGAUGGACCCUCAGAAAAUGAAUCCAACAUUCUUUUUGUUGAUUGUCUUCCUACUGAUUGCACAAGGAGAGAAGUAGCUCAUUUGUUUCGUUGUUUUCCUGGCUUCAAGGACAUCAGAGUAGUGCACAAGGAACCCAGACGUAGUGGUGACAAGGCCUAUGUCCUGUGCUUUGUGGAGUUUGAGAACGCGAAAUUCGCACGCACUCCCAUGCAAGCUUUACAAGGGUACCGCUUCGAUGACCGGAAGCCUGACGACCGGUGUCUCGAGAUCCAUUUCGCAAGGUUCCCGUUCGCUCUGCCUGGCGCCGGCGCCGGCGCCGCCCGGGACCACAGGAAGCGGUAGCUGGUAGCAGCGUGGCCUGCGCAGUGGGCACUGCAGUAGAUGGCCUGCGAUCAACAUGUAUCGUAUCUGUAUGCGACUGUUUUGUUGGGCAGUUAGAUGAAGUCGCCUACUAUCAGUAGUAGUCUCCUGUGACACCAACACGUGGAAUGAUAAGACUGCCUCCUUUUUUUU